AUGGCUGACCAGUUCACCUUCAGUAUUAGCAAUCGACAUACUUCGAUUGAUUCUUUAGCUACAGCAACCACCACAUCGCUGACAAUUGUUUCUGCAUACUGGUCUUUUGACAAUAUAACAACUGAUUUGUACGGUGUUUACAAUGGUCAAACGGUUAAUGGCGCAACAUAUUCUCUGGCCUCAAGUAGCUACGUGGGUUACGGUGAAGCACUCAGUUUGACAUCGUCAUCAAGUCAAGCGUUUCAAGUCUCGACUCCAUUUCUUAAUCUGUCUUAUACGAGUUUCACUAUCGAAGCUUGGAUUUAUUCAACAACAAGUUACACAGGCGAUAAUGGUGUUUUCGGCCAAUGUCAAUGUUCAUCGUGUACAAACCAGUGUUUGUAUUUCAUUAUUCGAGCAAAUCGCUUGUAUAUUGGUUUUACAUACAACGAUUUGUCCGGUUCAUCGACUCUCACAAUUUCCACUUGGUAUCACAUUGCAUUUGUUUAUAAUUACCAGAACCAACAACAAAUCUUGUAUUUAAAUGGAUAUCAGGACAAUAUAAAGUCGAAUGCACAACCUUAUCAGGGAACAAAUGGAACUGUUCAGAUCGGUUCGACUCAAGUUUUCUUAUCAACAAACUAUUUCAACGGCUACAUUGACAAUGUGAAAGUGAGCACGCGGGCCAAAUCAGCGACAGAAAUUCUCAACGAUGCAUCUUUGACAGCCUAUUUUUCAUUUGAUCUACCUUACCCAAGCAAUGACAACGGACCAAAUGGAUUAAAUGGAACAUCGGCGAACACAGCAACAGUUACCGGACGUGUGAAUCAAGCAUUGGUUUUUACUGGUUCAUCGUCUUAUUUUCAAGUAUACGGUUUCUAUCAACUGUUCGGUCUUUAUUCUAACAAACCGUUUUCGAUUUCUCUGUGGGUAAAUCCAACGUCGACCACCAGUUGCUCAAUCAUUCAACAAUCGACCAAUCAGAGUGGUGGGACAUGUUUGAAUAUGAUCGGGGUCUGGUCAACUGCUAACUACGCGGGUCAACUAACUGUGCAAGGCUGGGCUUGGCCGACAAUAUAUGGCCCUUAUGUAACGGCAAAUACAUGGACACACAUCUCAUGGACAUACAGUGUGACAAACGGAUACUCGCUGUACGUCAACGGAGUUCUUUUCGGCAACACCGGUUCUAGUGGAUUUUCGGGUUCUGGCAGUAUAACAUGGCUUCAAAUUGGAUCCGGUCUGGCCUGCUCUUCUGGUUCCAUUCCAAAUACUGCGUAUCAGGGCGCAGUCGAUGAACUCUAUGUUCAUAAUCGAGAACUAUCGCAGACUGAAGUCACUACUCUUGCUAAUCCAUAA